AUGAGAGUUCUAUCUGUUAUACCUUUACUGGUUUCUGGAUUUAUCAGUACAGACGAGAACCCUGACACAAUAAUCGAAAAGCUCCCUGACGCCGGGCGUCUCCUUGCAGCAGUAAAUCUUCAGAAUGGUUAUAUGGAUGAUGCAAUCUUGAAGCUUAUGGGUCUGGAUAGGAAGUUCUCAUUGUCAGAUCUCCAAAAAUUCAACAAAGAAAAUGUGGAAGAAUUCGUGGAGAAGUUGUUGUCAGUUGGCGGUUUGCUCAAAUCGGAUUCUGAAAAAGUCGAGCAAGUGUUCAUAGAUUUCAAUGAAAUCCAACAGUUCUGGGCACAAUAUUCCGAUAAGAUCAACAGGAUUCCAGGGAGUUUGAAGAUGAUAGAAGAUGUCAAUAAUUAUGACAGUUACGAGUUGGAAACUAUAGAUAUCAAAGAACCACUCGACCUACUCAACGACAUCAUCGAUGGGAGGCACUCAGAUUUUGAACAUCUCCAAUUAAGUCUUCAAGCAGUUAUAAGCAAAAUAGAGGUAUUUUCAAAAUCUCAUAAUACGAAAGGACUACAACAUCUUCUUGAGAGUUUGAGCCCCUUGGAGUACUUAGUGAGAAUUAUCGAUUGGUUGGCUAUCAGUCCAUUCUGGGAGUUAGCAGAGUACCCCAAGGGUUUGCCUGCUAACUUGAAGAGUUUUGAUUUGAUAAAUAUUAAGAAGAUUCCAGAUUUGGAAAUUCUUGAGGCGGUUUUUAACUCACAGGCUUUUGAGCUCAAAAAACUCAAUUUCAAGGAAUCGUGGAUCAAAAAUGCUCUCUGGGGGUCGAACUUCUCGGAAACCCGAUGGAUUCUUGAUUUCCAGACCUUGAUUGAUAAGUUUUAUGAGCCAUUCCAAGAGCAGGGAUCUCAAAGAGAUGUCAGGAAAGCCGCAACCUUCCACCAUCGCCUACUUGAAGUCAAAUCUCUACAAAUCUCAGAUUUUGAAGCAAUAGCAAAAGGUAUCCAGUCCUGUGUGCUACAUAAGGAAUCAGCAUCAGCUAUCACCAAUCUUCGAACUACUAGCAAGAAUAUUCAAAUACUUUUGAAAAAAAUCCGAGCAGUGCGAAACGUGGAAAUCUCAAUGGUAGAUCACAAAAAAGUGGUGCAAGAACUCUCCGGGAAAACUGAGAUGACUGAACUAAAACAGCUACUUAACGCGGUACUAUUUUUGAAAGAAAAUUUACGCAAAGUGAUUCGAUAUGUAUUGAAUUGGGGGGAAUCGGCGAAGAGUAUUUUUGAGUCGCUUAAUGGGUUUCAUAGUCUGGAUACUACUAAGGAAGUUACAAGCUAUAUGAAAUGUCUGAUGAAGGUGGAUGGUCCGGUGGAGAAGGCUGCAAGUGUGGCAAUGGUUUUCAAAGGAAUGAGGAAACUUAGAAUGAGUUUUAAGGAGAACUUACUCAGAGCAUCAAAUAUAAUGAUUGAAUCUUUGGGGAAUAUUAAAGCGAUACGAGACUGUAAGGUUGAGAAGAUACAUAAGGUGGCGGACCUUCAAAAUCUUCAAACGUACUCCGAAUCCUUUCAAAACUCAAUUCCCAUCCUCAACACUAUAAAGGAGGUGUUAGCUCCUAACAAUGAAUUUUUGAAGUUUAUAGAAAUUGGGAAUGAAUUAAAAGAGAGAAGCAAUGAGCUACUGAAAUUCUAUGACUGGUACUUUGGAAAUUUUGAGAGCUUACAAGCCUCCAUCGCCAAUCUUAUAGAUGAGUCAACGGUUUGGAAGAAUAAGAUACGAAUCUUGAAAGGUUCAAGUCUAGACGCAUAUGGAGAUAUUUUGAAGGAUUUGGUCAAUAUUAACGGCGUGGAGGAUUUCCAACCAGAGACAAUCCUCUCAGCAAUUGAUAAUUUCGAGGGAUUCACAAAUGAUUCGGAUAUCAGUGAUACAUUGAGCCAGUUGAGAGGGUCAGUGGAGAAGUUGGAGGGGUUCGAGAUGCACUUUUCGAAAUAUCACGGAUCGUUGAUGAAGAUUCCAGAAGAUUUGAGAAAAAUGAAGGAGAUUUUGGAAGGGAAGAAGGGGGAUGAAAAUCCUAAUGAGGCGUUGUCGAAAAGGAGUCGGUAUUAUGAUCUCCUCAUCAUCCUCUACGUUGCCAUCCCAGUAAUCCUAAUAUUCACAUUCAUUUGGUGUCUACUCGAUACACAUUGUCCACUGAGAAAGUACGGACAGAGGCAGUAUGAGAGGAGACGUUCGGUGAGACCAGCUAAGUGUAAGUAUUACGAAAAAUAG